GGGUGCUGGGCUGUGAUUGGAUGCUGGGUGCUGGGCUGUGAUUGGCUGCUGGGUGCUGGGCUGUGAUUGGCUGCUGGGUGCUGGGGCUUCGCUGCUGCUGCUCGUUGUUCUCAUCAAGAUGGCCGCUGUUGUCGGGGAUGCAGACUGAGCUCCGACUGUCAUCAGAACACAGGCCGACCAGACGCACCUAGACCCGCACCCUAACCCACACCGAGACCCGGACCCGAGACCCGAGACCCGGACCCGAGACCCGAGACCCGGACCCGAGACCCGGACCCGGACCCAAAGGCCACAGCGUGACCGUGUUGAGCCGUAAAACGGUUCGUUGGUUCAGCAUCCUCCGACAGUGAGAUCGAUCCGUUUGAUUGACAGCUGAUCUCCUCAGGGGGCGCCGUGACGACCGCAGACAUGGACACCACCACAUCCAUCAAGAUGACCACGCUGGCCAUCCAGAACCUGUUCAGCUACGUGGAGGAGGAGAACCUGACGGCCCUGAAGGCCCAUCUGGACCGCUUCAAGGAGGUGGACGGACGCAGCGACGUGGGUCAGACUCCUCUGAUGCUGGCGGCGGAGCAGGGCAGUCUGGAGAUCGUUCAGGAGCUCAUCAGGAGAGGAGCCAACGUCAACCUGGACGACGUGGACUGCUGGUCAGCUCUGAUCUCUGCAGCCAAAGAGGGUCAUGUGGACGUGGUAAAGGAGCUACUGGAGAACAGCGCCUACAUCGAGCACCGGGACAUGGGGGGCUGGACGGCUCUGACCUGGGCGUCUUAUAAAGGACGAGUGGAAGUUACUAAACUGCUGCUGGAGCACGGAGCCAACCCCAACACUACCGGACAGCAGUACAGUGUGUAUCCGAUCAUCUGGGCGUCAGGACGAGGACACAGUGACAUCGUGAAGCUGCUGCUGAACAACGGAGCCAAAGUCAACUGUUCUGACAAGUACGGGACCACUCCUCUGAUCUGGGCCUCCAGGAAGGGGCACUACGACUGUGUGAUGCACCUACUGGAGAACGGAGCUGACGUCGACCAGGAGGGGGCGAACUCCAUGACGGCUCUGAUCGUGGCGGUGAGGGGGGGCUACACGGCGGUGGUGAAGGAGUUGCUGAAGAGGAACCCCAACGUCAACAUGACGGAUAAAGACGGCAACACCGCUCUGAUGAUAGCAGCGAAGGAGGGCUACACCGAGAUAGUCCAGGACCUGCUGGACGCAGGGACAUACGUCAACAUCCCUGACAGGAGUGGAGACACAGUGCUGAUCGGAGCUGUGAGAGGAGGACAUGUGGAGAUAGUCAGAGCUCUGCUGCACAAAUACGCCGACAUAGACAUUCGAGGACAGGACAAUAAGACAGCUCUGUAUUGGGCCGUGGAGAAAGGAAACGCCACCAUGGUCAGAGACAUCCUCCAGUGUAACCCAGACACUGAGACCUGCACCAAGGAUGGAGAGACUCCUCUGAUUAAAGCCACUAAGAUGAGGAACAUUGAGAUCGUGGAGCUGCUGCUGGACAAAGGAGCCAAGGUGUCUGCUGUGGACAAGAAGGGGGACACUCCCCUCCACAUCGCCAUCCGGGGGCGGAGCCGGCGUCUGGCCGAGCUGUUGCUAAGGAACCCUAAAGAUGGCCGCCUGCUGUACCGGCCCAACAAGGCCGGGGAGACGCCCUACAACGUGGACUGCAGCCACCAGAAGAGCAUCCUCACCCAGAUCUUUGGAGCCCGACACCUGUCCCCCUCGGAGACGGACGGAGACAUGCUGGGCUACGACCUGUACAGCUCGGCGCUGGCGGACAUCCUGAGCGAGCCCACCAUGCAGCCCCCCAUCUGUGUGGGCCUGUACGCCCAGUGGGGCAGCGGGAAGUCCUUCCUCCUCAAGAAGCUGGAGGAUGAGAUGAAGACCUUCGCGGGCCAGCAGAUAGACCCGUUGUUCCAGUUCUCGUGGCUGGUAGUCUUCCUGUCCCUGCUGGUCUGUGGUUCUGUUGCGGUGGUUCUGGGGUUCUCCGUGGACCCCCGUCUCUCCAUGUCGGUGUCUCUCAGUCUGCUGGCUCUGCUCUACCUCUUCUUUGUGGUGGUGUACUUCGGGGGCCGUAGGGAGGGCGACAGCUGGACGUGGGCGUGGCUUCUCAGCACCCGCCUGGCGCGUCACAUGGGCUACCUGGAGCUGCUGCUGAGGCUGAUGUUCGUCAACCCCCCGGAGCUCCCGGAGCAGGGCAGCAGGGCCCUCCCCGUCAGGUACGCGUCCCCCCUACACCUGGUCCCCGUCAGGUACGCGUCCCCCCUAGACCACCUGGUCCCCGUCAGGUACCCGUCCCCCCUGCACCUGGUCCCCCCUAGACCACCUGGUCCCCGUCAGGUACCGCCUCCCCUCUGGUACCGUCCCCUGCAGGUCCCCCCCCACCUGGUCCGUAGGUCCCCCCUAGACCACCUGGUCCCCGUCAGGUACCUGUCCCCCCUACACCUGGCCCCCCCUAGACCACCUGGUCCCGUCAGGUACGCGUCCCCCCUAGACCUGGUCCCCGUCAGGUACCCGUCCCUCCUACACCUGGUCCCCGUCAGGUACGCGUCCCCCCUGCACCUAGUCCCCGUCAGGUACCUGUCCCCCCUACACCUGACCACGGUCCCUGUCAGGUACGCGUCCCCCCUAGACCUGGUCCCCCCUUCACCUGGUCCCCGUCAGACCUGGUCCCCGUCAGGUACGCGUCCCCCCUACACCUGGUCCCCCCUAGACCACCUGGUCCCCGUCAGGUACCCGCCCCCCCUACACCUGGUCCCCCCUAGAACACUGUCCCGUCAGAGCUCCCCUGCAUCUGUCCCGUCAAGACCUGGUCCCCGUCAGACCCGUCCCCCUAGUCCCCUGGUCCCCGUCCAGGUCCGUUCCCCCUACACCUGUCCCCCUGUCACUGGUCCCCGUAGGGGACCGUCCCCUACACUGGUCUCCCAGAUGACCCAGAUCACUGAAGAGGGAGGGACGUGCUGCGUGCCGUCCUUCGUCCUCUUCGUCCUGGUCCUGGCCUGCCUGGUGUCCGGCAUGGCGCUGCUGGCCGUCUUCAGGGUGGACAGCGAGAACCAGACGGUGAAGGGGGUCCUGGUGGCGGUGGGUAGCGUGGUGGGUCUGGCUCUGGUCCUGAACUGCAGGACCUGGUGGCAGGUGACGGACUCGGUGCUGAACUCCCAGAGGAAGAGGCUCCACAGCGCCGCCAACAGGAUGCACAAACUGAAGAGUGAGGGCUUCAUGAAGGUCCUGAAGACCGAGGUGGAGCUGAUGGCGCGGAUGGCGAAGACCAUCGACGGGUUCACGCAGCAUCAGACCAGGCUGGCGGUCGUCAUCGACGGGCUGGACUCCUGUGAACAGGACAAGGUCCUCCAGAUGCUGGACACGGUCCGGGUUCUGUUCUCCAAGGGCCCCUUCAUCUCCAUCUUCGCCAGCGACCCCCACAUCAUCAUCAAAGCCAUCAACCAGAACCUGAACAGCGUCCUCAGAGACUCCAACAUCAACGGACACGACUACAUGAGGAACAUCGACCUGCGUACUUCCUCCACUGCCGCUUCCUCAACGCCGAGGACGUAUGCUGCCGGCCCAAACGGGGACCCCCCCCCCCAAGAGGGAAACAUGAGCCACUACGAGAGGACACCUACUCUGUCUUUGUCUCUGUCUCCGUGGUGCGUUCAGGACACCUACUCCCGGCGGCGUCAGGCCCAGCGCUCGGUGACUCGUCAGAUGUCCUUCGACCUGACGAAGCUGAUGGUGACGGAGGACUGGUUCAGUGACAUCAGCCCUCAGACCAUGAGGAGGCUGCUCAACAUCGUCUCUGUCACAGGUCGGCUGCUGAGAGCCAAUCAGAUCAGUUUCAACUGGGACCGGCUGGCGUCCUGGAUCAACCUGACGGAGCAGUGGCCCUACAGGACGUCCUGGCUCAUCCUGUACCUGGAGGAGACGGACGGCAUCCCUGACCAGGCCACACUGAAGACCAUCUACGAGAGAGUGUCCAAGAACAUCCCCACCACUAAGGACGUGGAGCCUCUGCUGGAGAUCGAUGGGGACAUUCGUAGCUUCGAGGUCUUUCUGUCUUCCCGGACCCCCGUCCUCACAGCCAGGGACAUCCGCACCUUCCUGCCCUGCACCGUCAACCUGGACCCCAAACUCAGAGAGAUCAUCGCAGAUGUGCGUGCGGCCCGGGAGCAGAUGAAUCUGGGCGGAGUCUCGUUCCCGGCCGUCCCCCUACAGGAGGCUCCGCCCCGCCCCACCUCCGUCUACAGCCAGGUGUCCUCGGCGUGCUCGCCCUCCGCCUCCUUCAGUGGACCCUUCCACCCUCCUCCUGGGGGGGCCGUGAUGUCCCCUCAGACCCACAGCAGCUACUACAGCGGCAUGGCCGGCCCCCAGCAUCCCUUCUACAACAGGCCAUAUUUCCCCCACCACCUUUACCAGCUGCCACGCCCCCUAGUGGCCUCCUUCCCUCCACUCCUUCAUCCACGCCCGCCUCCUAGAGGCCGAGACGCCGCCACACCUUUUAAGACUUCAUCUUUGAAAAGGAAGCAGGGCUCCGCCUCCGUUGUGUCCGCGGCCCCGCCCCUCCUCCUCAGCUCCAUGACGACGGAGGCUGUUUGUGAGCGCGUGCGUCAGAUCGAAGGCAUCGACCAGAGCAUGAUGGGACAGUACGGCGCCACCAUCAGGAAGGCCAACGUCAACGGCAGAGUUCUGUCCCAGUGCAACAUCGACGAACUCAAGAAAGAGAUGAACAUGAACUUUGGAGACUGGCAACUGUUCAGAGCCACGGUUCUGGACUUGCGCCACAUCGAGAGCCAGGUGUUACACGAGGAAGCUGCCAGUGAGCAAGGCAGCAUUGUUGGCGGUCACAUGGAGGCCGGGAGGCGAGUGGUGGCUCCGCCCCACGCCGGUGCCGCUAACACUGACGCUUCACCGAUGUACAGCUUCAACCUGAGCUUCGAAGAGCUGAGCACGGUGGGACUGGACGAGGGCCCGCGACACGGAAACACGGCGUGGACGGGUGGCGCUCACCGGACCGCCAGUAUGACCAGCCUCAACUCACAGGAGUCGUCCAACGACAUCUCCCGUCUGACGGACAAGCAGCAGGACGAGUACCGCAGCGCCUACCAGGAGUACAUCGCCCAGAUGGCCCAGCUGGAGAUGGGGGGCGGGGGCGAGAAGCCGGUCCAGCCUCAGCCGGGUCAGUUCAUGACGCCUCCGUCUGAGGACAAGAGCAAGGACGGCCCCGAACAGGACGGACGCAAGCCCUUCAACAAGAGGCCCGGGGGCAAGCUGGCGGCGGACGCCCCCGACUUCACCCCCACCGCUGAGGCCCUGGACCCCAUCACCGAGGAGGACGAGAACCACGGGUCCUCCAAGUCUCUGCUGACCCGCAAGGCGUCCGCCGAAAGAGGGGGGCUGUUCCAGGGGGCGGCCGACCUGAAGCUGAAGGCCGGCGGCGGCGGCCUGCGCUACCAGAAGCUGACCAGCGACGACGAGGAGUCCGAGGAGUCCGAUAACGCCCCCCUGCUGAAGGACGGCAAGAAGGCGGCGGAGGCCAAACCGGGCGGCGGCUCCCUGGCGCUGAAGGGGAAGGACUACCUGUCCGACGCCACGCUGGACAAGAAGGACUCCUCCGACUCGGGCGUGCGGUCCAACGAGAGCUCCCCCAACCACUCGCUGCAGGACGAGGAGGCGGACCUGUCCCAGCUGGAGCGGGCCAACCUGAUCGAGCUGGACGAGGAGGGCGUGGCCAGGAAGCGCGGCGGCGUUCCCAGCAGCCUCAGCGGCCUCCAGGACCCGGCCGUGACCCGCAUGUCCAUCUGCUCCGAGGACCAGUGCAGCCUCCUGGCCAGCAGCCCCGAGGACAGCUGGCCCCCGUCCAAGACCUACAACCUGAACCGCACGUUGAGCAACGUCACCCUCAACAACAACACCAACGCCCAGCAGGGAGACCGCCCCCGCCCGCCCCCAGAGGGCUCCACCUCCUCCUCCUCCUCCUCCACCACCUCCUCCAGGCCGGGGCCCAACAACGAGAACGUCCGGGUGGUCCACCUGAAGAGGGGCCUGAAGCCCGGGGACCCCCCCGAGGUCUGCGCCGUGUCCUCCGACACCGUCACCUUUGGGGAGGAGCGCGAGAGCAUCCUGUGACGAGGAGCGUCCACCAGGGGGCGCCCCCCCCCUUUAGUUUUUAACCCUCAGACCUGAUUUUAAAAGAGUUACCAUGGAAACCAUCAUAGUGUGACACGUGGACGUUUAUUCUGCUUUAUUUUACAUGAAUAUUUGAAUCAUAAACAGCAGAGGUUGAUUCACGUCUGACCUUUAACCCUGGGGGGGGGGGGGGGGGGGGUAGAUGUUCUAAGACGUAGGAAACUAUUCGGUGUUAGAAUAUGAGCUGGAAAUAUCACUAAAAGAAAACAAAAACAAAGAAAUUCACACGUUUGUCAGAUAUGAAAGAAUAAAAUAAUAAAAGAAUAAAUAAAUCAGGUCCUGAGGGUUAAACAGUUUUAAGGAGGAGACGAGGAGACGACCGAGGGUCCAGUAGGAGGCGCUCUCCUAGGAGGGGGGUUUACAUGCAUGUGUUAGUUUAUAGAUGAAACUCUGAGUGUUGUUGUUGUUGUUGUUGUUGUUGUGUCAGUAACAGUGACUCAGAUUAUUAUUGAUGGAGUUGGAACCAACCUCCUCCUCCUCUCCUCUCUUCCUCCUCCUCCUCCUCCUCCUCUCCUCUUCCUCUCCUCCUCCUCCUCCUCUCCUUUCCUCUUCCU